AUGGGGGAACGCACACAGCACCGGCCAUCAUGGCUACAAACCGGGACCAGAAAUGUGCCUUGGAUUUUGCUGACUGCUCAAUCCACUGCAUUUGCGUUGAUAAGCCAUUAUUCUCGAGUCAUGCCACCUACCGGUGGUAAGCGAUACCUGACCUCCACGGCGGUCGUGAUGAAUGAAGUAGUCAAGUUGGCCAUCUCCCUAACAAUGGCCCUGUACGACGUCUCAAAGGCUGCCCCACCAUCAAUGCCAGCAACAUCGCUCCUCUACUCCCUCAUCAGUUCCGUCUUCUCAGGCGAUAGUUGGAAAUUGGCCAUACCCGCAGGACUUGGCGUUUUGUCCAGUUCUCUACAAUACGUUGCUCUAUCCAACAUGCGGGCGGCAUUGUUCCAGGUCACAUUUCAACUGCAAUUUUUGACCACUGCGAUCUUUGGAGUAAUUCUGCUCAGACGAAGCAUUCCUCUCCGUAAGUGGGGUUUGCUGUUGCUCCUCCUUGUGGGGUUGGUUUUGGUACAUAUUCCCAAUGCCAGCUCUGAUGAUAUGGCACUCAAUGAAGAAGCAUCGUCACUCCACUUUCCUCGUUCUCUGGAAGAAUGGAAGGCUGUGAAAGGGGCCACGGGUAGUCUGCGCAAGCGGUCUGCCACUUAUGAGGGCAUUGAGGAAGACAUGCAGACCGCUGACCCACGUCUGGACCCGGUUAUUGGUCUCAUCGCCAUUAUUGGUGCUGCCAUGGCCUCUAGUUUCGAGAGUGUCUACUUCGAGAAAGUUCUCAGAGAUAGCUCCCAGAAGAGUUCCAUGUGGGUUCGAAACGUGCAGUUGGCCGUGUAUUCUGUUUUCCCAGCUUUGUUUAUCGGCGUCCUCUUCCCGGAUGGUGAAACAAUUGCGAAUAAUGGCUUCUUCCAGGGUUAUAAUCCGGUUGUUUGGUCUACCAUUGUCAUCCAUGCUGUUGGAGGUAUCUUCGGAACUUUCUCUAUUGGCAAUACACAGAAAGACACCAGGUGUCCGGCCACUACUGCCAGCAUUAUUCUCAGCAUCCUUGGAAGUGCAUGGCUAUUCGAGUUUGAAUUGACCACAACCUUCCUGCUGGGUUCUGCUGUAGUCCUGGUAGCCACCCACUACUACGGUAAUCCAGACUUUAACCCUUCUUCUAAAAGUGACUCACGCCCUCCACCCAUCCGCGUGAAUUCUUAUGAAAAGAAUGAUGGGGUGGACAGUGGCUCCGCCGUAGGUGCGUCCAAAGAGUUCUCUAUCCAACUCCCUACUACUCCAUUUCUCUCGGAUGGCGUAUCAACCUCUCGUCCCAAUUCCCCCGCCCCAGGUCACACUAGGGGUCAUACUCGGGUGAACUCGAACCGUGGUAAUAGCUACUUUGCUAAAGAGUAA